AUGGUGCUCGACUUGGACCUGUUUCGAACCGACAAAGGCGGCGACCCCGAAGUCGUCCGUGAGACACAAAGAAAGAGGUUUAAAGAUGUUACCCUGGUUGACAAGCUGGUGGCCGCAGACACCGAGUGGAGAAAAUGCCGCUUCACUGCAGACAACUUGAACAAAGCAAAGAACCUUUGCAGCAAAAGCAUCGGAGAAAAAAUGAAGAAGAAGGAACCAGUUGGAGAGGAUGAGGCUGUUCCUGAAGAAGCGCAGAACCUGGAGUCUCUUACGGCUGAAGUUCUGUCGGCCCUGACAGUAACCCAGAUUAAAAAGGUGCGUUUGUUGGUGGACGAAGCGAUAGAGAAGACGGACAGUGAGAGGGUAAAGCUGGAGGCGGAACGUUUCGAGUACCUGAGAGAGAUCGGCAACCUUUUGCACCCGUCUGUACCCAUCAGCAAUGAUGAGGAUGCAGACAACAAAGUGGAGCGUACCUGGGGUGACUGCACUGCCCAGAAGAAGUACUCCCAUGUUGACCUGGUGGUCAUGAUCGAUGGUUUUGAUGGCGAGAGGGGAGCAAUUGUAGCUGGCAGCAGAGGUUAUUUUCUCAAGGGUCCCCUGGUGUUCCUGGAGCAGGCUCUGAUCAAUUAUGCCUUAAGGAUCCUCUACAGCAAGAAUUACACCAUGCUCUACACACCUUUCUUCAUGAGGAAGGAGGUCAUGCAGGAAGUCGCCCAGCUCAGCCAGUUCGAUGAGGAGCUUUACAAGGUCAUCGGAAAGGGAAGUGAGAAAUCAGAUGACAGUUCCAUAGAUGAGAAAUACCUCAUUGCCACCUCAGAGCAGCCCAUCGCCGCCUUCCUGAGGGAAGAAUGGCUCAAACCAGAGGACCUGCCCAUCCGCUACGCCGGCUUCUCCACCUGCUUCAGACAGGAAGUGGGCUCCCAUGGCCGAGACACCCGUGGGAUCUUCAGAGUGCACCAGUUUGAGAAGAUUGAGCAGUUUGUCUAUGCCUCCCCGCAUGACGGCAAAUCAUGGGAGAUGUUCGAUGAGAUGAUAGGAACAGCAGAAGAGUUCUACCAGUCGCUGGGAAUUCCUUAUCGUAUUGUCAACAUUGUCUCUGGUGCCCUGAACCACGCAGCUAGUAAGAAGCUGGAUCUGGAGGCCUGGUUCCCCGGCUCAGGGGCCUUCAGAGAGCUGGUCUCCUGCUCAAACUGCACAGACUACCAGGCCAGGCGGCUGCGCAUCCGCUACGGACAGACCAAAAAAAUGAUGGACAAAGCAGAGUUUGUGCACAUGUUGAAUGCAACCAUGUGCGCCACCACACGUGUAAUGUGCGCCAUCCUGGAGAACUACCAAACUGAAGAAGGAAUCAUUGUUCCAGAGAAGCUCAGGGAGUUCAUGCCUCCUGGUUUGACAGAGAUCAUUAAGUUUGUCAAGCCAGCUCCCAUUGAUCAGGAAAUGUCCAAGAAGUCAAAGAAACAGCAGGAAGGAGGGAAGAAGAAGAAGCAGGGAGGAGGCGGCGGCGACCAGAACCUGCCCGAUGCCAUAGAGAACAUGUCCGUGAACGAUUCAUAGACCCCGGCACACAGCAGCAGUGUCGCCUCACCAGCCUCACAGAUGCACACUAAUAGAACAGAGCAUUGCGUGAAUUGUAAUGAUCAGGGAUUAGUUUGUCGCUUGGCACUUAACGGUAAUGUGAACGCUCGGCUCUGUUCCAUCUGUGUCUGUCUGAGUGGGUGGUGUUAUUUCAUCUCAUCAUUCACAUAAAACUCGCCACAAAAAGGGAUCCUUUAGUCAGCCAUCCCCAGGUCACUUCACCCCUCUAUCACUGUAUGACAUCAUCAGCAACACGGAGCCUAAAACCAACCGAUAAAGCACAGCUGCCGACACGCUCCAUGAGGUGUCGGCAGCUGUGCUGAGAGUCAGGCUUCUUUUCUGACUAUUUCUGUCAUUGGUUUGAUACAAGCAGUCUUUUGGGAAUAUGUUAUAAAAAGUAUGUUUUGUCGGGCAUUGUUGAUAAUGUGUUCAAAAACUGUCUGAACUCAACGUUUGUUGACUGUGAGACACAACCUGGAACUGCUCUGUAAUUACAGCAUUAGAGGUACAUGGUUGGGUAUUUUAACUGUCUGUUUUAGGCUUCUCUUUGCUUUGUCUGACCACAAUCAUCAUUUUCAUCCACUGUUUAACAUGAUGCUCUUCUCCACCUCGGGACGUUGAUGUUUCCUGUAUGUACUUGCUAAGAUAAAUAUAUAUAAUUGCGCAUUGAUAAAGUGGCACUCACUGUAAACAAUAAAUACAGUCGAUAUCGAA